AUGAGCAUCACCACUAUGAAAUAAGCGAACCAAAACUGAUCAAGGAAAAGAAAAAGAAAAAAAAUGGCUGAAAAAUAUUCUAGCUUCUUCGCUAGUGUGAAGACCCCGUUUCAGAGAGAAUACGGCGGAGUAACCUUUCCGGCCGUAUUAUCUCCGGCAACAUCGGCGGCUGCUUUGGCAGCAGCCGUGAAGGAGCAGAAAACGUGGGUGGAGUCUCUUCUGCACAUGCACGGCGCCAUUCUAUUUCGUGGCUUCGAAUCUUUAGCCACAGCUUCCGACUUCAACGACGUCGUUGAAGCGUUCGGCUACGAGGAGCUGCCGUACGUCGGCGGCCCCGCUCCCCGGACUCAUGUUGUCGGCCGGGUUUACACGGCUAACGAUGCCCCGCCUCACCAGAAACUCCAUUUCCAUCAUGAAAUGGCUCAUCUGCCGUCGCCCCCUCGCAAAUUGUUUUUCUUCUGCGAAGAAGAAUCAGCUUCUCGGGGAGAAACUCCGAUACUUUUAAGCCAUAUUGUAUACGAAAGAAUGAAAGAAAAAUACCCAGAUUUCGUGGAAAAAUUAGAGAAAUUGGGGUGGAUGUAUACAAGAUUUAUGGGGGAAGAAGACGAUCUUUCAUCUCCACUCGGCCGUGGCUGGAAAUCUAUGUAUCGGACCACAGAUAAGAUAGUUGCUCAACAAAGGGCAGCGGAGGUAAAGACGAAGUUGGAAUGGGUGGAGAAUGGAGUGAAGAUGAUAGCGGGGCCCACCCCAGGCAUCAAAUGCGACGAAACAAGGUCGCGUAAGGUAUGGUUCAACUCCAUCGCAACUGCGUACACGACGUGGGGGGGCAAACGGAACGAUGAUCCCAAAAAGACCGUCAAUUUUGGCGAUGGAAACCCUUUGCCAGAAAAUAUAAUCAAUCACUGUCUCAAAAUCAUGGAAGCAGAAAGCAUUAAAUUUCCAUGGCAGAAAGGGGACCUUUUGAUGAUUGAUAAUUUUGCAGUUCUUCACUCUCGCGAACCAUUCACCCCUCCACGUAGGAUCUUAGUUGCACUCUGCAAGUAGUCCUACGGCAUCAUGCUUCUUCAAUUAAUAUACAAUUAAGCACUUACUAAUUAAAUACUCCCUUCAUCCCACUCUGAUAGACUCUUUUCCUUUUUCAGAUGUCCCAAUAGAAUAGACUUAUUUUCAUUUUUAAGUAAAAAAAAAAAGAUGUACUUAAUUGGUGUGGACCAUACCACUUUUCUCCUAAAAAGUAAAUUUCUUAAUCUUCGUGCUCGAAAGAAGUGAGCUUAUUAGAGUGGGACGAAUGGAGUAUAUAUUUGUACACCCAAAGUUUAAAGCAUUUCAACAUUUCAAUAG